UGUGUGUUAGUCGCUCAGUCCUGUACAACUCUUUGCGACCCCAUGGACUGUAGCCCACCAGGCUCUGUCCAUGGGGAUUCUCCAGGAAAGAAUACUGCAGUGGGUUGGCAUUUCCUUCUCCAAGAGAUCUUCCUGACCGAGGAAUCGAACCUGUGUCGCUUAUGCCUCUUGCAUUGACGGGCAGAUCUUUUACCAUUAGCGCCACCUUGGAAGCCGGCACACGGGAUCUUAUUUCCCCGACCAGCGAUGGAACUCGCUUCCCCUGCAGAGGCUGCGGAGUCUUAACCACUGGACCACCAGCAAAGUCCCUGAAAGUAAUUUUUCUUUUUUUAAGUAAGACUAGGGAGCGGGCCUGGACGCUCCUCUGGGUCUCCCUUUCCUCCGGAGCCACUCCUCCGAAGCUUAGCCACACCGCCACCAGGAAGCCCCUCUGGACGCCCCCGAGGGACUCGACCCUCCGCUGUGCGCCCCAAAGUCCCGGCGAUUCCCCAGUCACCCGCUGCAGAAGAGCUCAUCUGUCUGUGUUCCAGAUCUCCCCGCGGGCUCUGCCAGCUCCGACACCUGGCCCUCCCCUCCGCCUCCCGGGGGGGACCCAGCUCAGUGCUGCCCGCCAGGACCGCCGGCGACAGACGGUCUCUCCGGCUUCCCCCGGGGCUGGCCGCGCUCGGGUUACCACCCAGUGGUCUUGCACGUUAGCGAGCGCUAGCACCGCCACGGCACCACCUCCGUCUUGCCGGAGCCUGGAGAACUUCGCGCCAGCUUCCGCCUUCCACUACCCGGCCUCGGACCGUGGAAGACCCGACCCCGCUUCCCGUGUCCACCACCGGCCAGACCCAGCCUCCCGGGUCCCCGGCUUGGCCCACGGGCCCCGGGGCAGGUUCAGGUGCGGCGCCCGCCUCUUUCUCCCACCGGGCUCAUCCUGCCGGGCGGCCAUGGCGCGAGGAGACGCCCCGCGGGACAGCUACCACCUGGUCGGGAUCAGCUUCUUUAUCCUCGGGCUGGGCACCCUCCUCCCCUGGAACUUCUUCAUCACAGCCAUCCCGUACUUCCAGGGGCGGCUGGCGGGGGCCAACAGCACCGCCGAGACCCUGGGCACCAACCACACGAGCCCCGCAGAUACCUUCAACUUCAACAACUGGGUGACGCUGCUGUCGCAGCUGCCGCUGCUGCUCUUCACACUCCUCAACUCCUUCCUGUACCAGUGCAUCCCUGAGAUGGUGCGGAUUCUGGGCAGCCUGCUGGUCAUCCUGCUCCUCUUUACCCUGACGGCGGUGUUGGUCAAGGUGGACAUGAGCCCCGGGCUCUUCUUCUCCAUCACCAUGGCCUCCGUCUGGUUCAUCAACUCCUUCGGUGCAAUUCUGCAAGGCAGCCUCUUCGGACAACUGGGCACCAUGCCUUCCAAGUACAGCACCCUUUUCCUCAGUGGCCAGGGCCUGGCCGGGAUCUUCGCUGCCCUUGCCAUGCUCAUAUCCAUGGCCAGUGGCGUGGAUGCCCAGACGUCCGCCCUGGGGUACUUCAUCACGCCCUGUGUGGGCACCAUCAUGUCCAUCGUGUGCUACCUGAGCCUGCCCCACCUGAAGUUUGCCCGCUACUAUCUGGCCAAGAAACCAUCGAAGGCGCAAGGUCAGGAGCUGGAGACCAAAGCUGAGCUUCUCCAGUCUGAUGAGAAGAAUGGGAUUCCCAACAGCCCCCAGAGGGCAGCCCUGACUCUGGAUCUUGACCUUGAGAAGGAGACAGAGGUGGAACCAGAGGAACCCCAGAAGCCAGAAAAACCUUCAGUUUUCAUUGUCCUCCGGAAGAUCUGGCUGACGGCGCUGUGCCUCGUGUUGGUCUUCACAGUCACCCUGUCCGUCUUCCCGGCCAUCACAGCCAUGGUGACCAGCUCCACCGGUCCUGGGAAGUGGAGUCAGUUCUUCAACCCCAUCUGCUGCUUCCUCCUCUUCAACGUCAUGGACUGUCUGGGACGGAGCCUAACCUCUUACUUCCUGUGGCCUGACGAGGACAGCCGGCUGCUGCCCCUGCUGGUCUGCCUGCGCAUCCUGUUCGUGCCGCUCUUCAUGCUGUGCCACGUGCCCGAGAGGUCCCGACUGCCCAUCCUCUUCCCCCAGGACGCCUACUUCAUCACCUUCAUGCUGCUGUUCGCUGUCUCAAAUGGUUACCUGGUGUCCCUCACCAUGUGCCUGGCGCCCAGGCAGGUGCUGCCACAGGAGAGGGAGGUGACCGGCACCCUCAUGACCUUCUUCCUGGCGCUGGGGCUCUCUUGUGGCGCCUCCCUUUCCUUCCUCUUCAAGGCGCUGCUCUGAAGCGCUCCGUCAAGGGCUCUCCCAGCGUGUCUCUUCAGAGCUGAGGCCCAGCGCUGGGGGAAUGACGGGCCAGGCUCAAGCCUCCACCGGGCCGGGUGGGCGGGGGCCCUGUGGCCUGAGGGCUCCAGCAAGAGGUGGGCACAGCUCUUCUUCCAGGGCUGGCGGCCACUGGGAGUGCUGCUAGGAAGAAUUCACCGCCUGCCAUUCCAGCCCUCACCCAGGAGUAGAGCUGACGCACUGUCUGGAUGCACAUAAAACCUCACUGAAAGGGUGAUCAUCAGGGGAAACAGGGCCGAGGACCACGGCCCAUCCUCACUGUCAGGACUGUGUUCGUUAAUCUCUACAAACCCACUGGCGAGUUGCCAGGACUCAGAGGCCACAGGUGGAGUCUUGCCAACCGUGUGGCUGGUGUGGACGUGGCCUCAGAGUCUGUGUGGGGGUGGGGGCCAGUCCAGGGCAGGACCUUUUCUCUCCAGGCCUCAGCGACCCCUCGGUCGGGUCUCUCAGACUUCAGAACAGAGGAAUCCAGGGAGGUUGAGGGGAUGGGGGAGAAUGAGUUAGGGAUCUGAGGGAUUUCAAAGGACCCUCUGGGCCUCAAACAGUGUCUACGUCGCCAGCGCUCACUGUGUCCACUCCCCGGAGCCCAGUUGGGCCCGGGUCCCGGAACUGCAGUUAGCCUGCAGGCAUGAGCUGCAUUUUACAGUUUGCAAAACUCUUCCGACCUUGCCCUUUCGCUGAAGCCACGUUGAGGCCCUUGGAGGGAGGCUGGCAGGGACUGUGCCCCUCUCUGUACAGGUGAGGAAACCCAGUCCCGGGGGAAUGACCAGUUCUUCCAGAGCCAGAACCCAGUCCCCACCUGCCUAUAGGUGCUCUUCUUCCUGCCCUCUGCCUGCUUCCCUUUUCCUCAAGGGGUUCAAGGCAAAAGCCCUGAAGACUACACCUUUUUUUGCUUGUGUUUCCCUCAGACCCUGCUCCUGUGUCUAAUAACAACCGUCUUCAUUUGUACAA